AUGUGCGCCAAAGUUGAUGAAGAGAUAGACAGGCUGUUGAAUGAAGGCAUUAUAGAGCCGGUGAAGUGGUCCGAAUGGGCUGCUCCCAUUGUCCCAAUUCUGAAACUGGAUGGCCAUAUCAGACUAUGUGGAGACUAUAAGUUAACAGUAAACACCGCUUCAUCCUUGGAACAGUAUCCAAUCCCUCGAGUAGAGGAUCUCUUCACAGCACUGUCAGGAGGAAAGCAAUUCUCUAAACUGGACAUGAGCCACGCAUACUUACAGAUCCUUAUGGAUGACGCGUCCAAGAAAUAUCUGACUGUCAAUACCCAUAGGGGGCUGUUCACCUAUAACAGACUACCCUUUGGCAUUGCAUCGGCCCCAGCUUUGUUCCAGAGAACUAUUGAGGGUCUGUUGAGGGGGAUUCCUCAUGUCGCAUGCUAUUUAGAUGACAUAUUGGUCAGUGGGCUGGACGAGGCUGAUCACUUGAAAAAUCUUCACACUGUGCUCACAAGGCUGGAGGAAGCUGGCCUGCGGCUGAAGCGCAGCAAGUGCACAUUCCUACAAGAGGAAGUGGAAUACCUUGGACACAGGGUGGACGCACAGGGACUUCAUCCUGUCAAGAAAAAGGUAAAAGCGAUCAUGGAAGCACCCACACCUACCAAUGUCACUGAACUGAAAUCCUAUUUGGGCUUAUUGAACUAUUAUAACAAAUUCCUGCCCAAUUUAGCUACACUGUUAGCACCCUUGCAUGAACUCCUGAGGCAAGAUGUGCCCUGGAAAUGGCAGCAAAGUCAAGCAGAGGCUUUUCAGAAGUCAAAGGAUCUCUUAAGCUCAGCACAAGUGCUAGUCCAUUACUCGGCUGACUUAGAACUGAUUCUCUCAUGUGACGCUUCGCCAUACGGCGUGGGCGCUGUUUUGUCACACAGAAUGCAAGAUGGCAGUGAACGUCCAUUGGGGUUCAUGUCCCGAACACUGUCUCCUGCUGAGAAAAGAUACUCACAGUUAGAUAAGGAAGGCUUAGCCAUCAUUUUCGGCAUUCAGAAAUUUCAUAAAUAUCUGUAUGGCCGUACAUUCACCAUCUACACAGAUCACAAACCAUUGAUAUCCCUGUUCAAUGAGAAAAAGCCCAUACCACAGAUGGGAUCUCCACGAGUUCAGCGCUGGGCAGUAUACUUGAGUGCUUAUGAGUACAAUCUGGUUUACAAACCAGGCAAACAUCAUGCCAAUGCAGAUGCACUUAGUAGGCUACCAGUUGCAGGAAAAGUGCGUGAAGAAGAAAAAGAACAAGUCUUGAUGAUGGAUCUGUUGGAUGACACACUGUUAGACCCCGGACAGAUAAAGCGCUGGACAGCUAAAGAUGUAGUGCUGUCCCAAGUUCAUGAACAUGUCCUGAGGGGCUGGCCUGCUAAAGUAGACUAUGAUCUAAAGCCAUACCACAAGAGAAGCACAGAGCUCAGUGUUAAAGACGGGUGUGUAAUGUGGGGGGCACGACUGAUUAUACCCGCAAAAGGCAGAGAGCAAGUGCUGAAGUUGCUUCAUCAAACACACUCUGGCAUGUCACGGAUGAAGGGCUUGGCAAGGUCCUACGUAUGGUGGCUGGGCAUGGACCAAGAGGUGGAGAGGGAAGUACAGUCAUGCGAGGAGUGUCAAAAGAACCACAAGUCACCACCCACUGCGCCAUUACACCCCUGGGAUUGGCCGGAGUCGCCAUGGUCAAGAAUUCACGUGGAUUAUGCCGGACCAUUCCAAGGUGAGAUGUUCUUGUUGAUAGUCGAUGCUCACAGUAAAUGGCUAGACAUCUAUCCAGUGAAAACAGCCACAUCUCAUGCUACCAUAGAGAGACUAAGACAAAGCUUUAGUGUUUUUGGACUUCCUAAAAUGCUAGUGUCUGACAAUGGUACAUGUUUCACAAGUAUGGAAUUUGAGUCUUUUAUGUGA